ACCGCGCGUCCCUUGCAAAGAGAAUUCCUGUACAGAAAACCGGGCUGAUUGUUGUAAAAACAUUUACGAAAGUUUGAAGAAAAUCAUUAGAAUAAACAAAAGUAAAAUGAAUAAUUGUGUGUGCGUGCAAAAUUUAUAGUAGCGUUCGUGUCUACGCUUUUCCUUAAAGCUUGGCUCUAUUUUCACUCGCGGCUUCUUAUUUUUCUUUCUGCACCAAGCGAAAGUUGGUUGCAGCCGCCGCCAACACUCACACCGCCCACAAGCAUUUUUUUUAAUAUUUUGUUUGUAGUACAAUAAAUUGUGGCCAAUAUUGGCUAAUGUAUAAUGUCGCUGGAUGGCGCGCAGUUGAGUUUCGUUGACGCCGCUGGCAUUUCGGUGGCGCAUGCAGCCAAAGGACGUAAAUUCAAUGUGGGCUCCUAUCUAGGUUGCGAUUUAGUGCUGCCCGAUGCCGAGCGUCUUCACUGCGAGAUACAAUGUGAUGCCUUUGGCAGGGUUACCAUUUACAAUCAUUCCUGCACUGCACCCAUUGUGCUCAACGACCAGGUUUUGCAGGCCACUGCUAAGCGUCCGUUGAUGCAUGGUGCACGCAUCCAGAUCCUCAAUAAAGUCUACACCUGGAAUUUUCCCCAAAGGACUGAGGAUGUCAGUACCCCAGAACGUAAUCCCCCUGAGCCAGCGGCCAAUUCAUCACCAAGCCUCAAAGGCCAUCGACAACGUCGACAAUUUGACAAUCGCCUCACUGUGCACAACUUUCGGUAUUCAAUCAAUUCCGAUGAUGAGGGCAACACAUCCAUAGAAUCGCGUGAACUGGAGACGUCUUCAGCUGAGAUUGCUUCAAAGGACGAACCAGAGCCAAAACGGAGCAUUACACCGCCAGCCAAAGAAGCUGACGAGACUUUGCCGAAGGUGGACUUGCUGGAAGCCACACAAAAUAAGGAAAAUACCAGCACACUGGGCAAUAAAUUAAUGUUGCAAUUGUGUGCACGUUCUGAUGUUGUAAUCACCUCGUUUUCGCCACGCGAAACAGGCGUUAAAAUUGAAAAGUCCUUUACAUGUGUGCUGAAGCCAACAGUAUGUGUUACAUUAUCUUCAGCGGCCUCGACUCCCAAGAGCGUUUACAAUACGCCCAAGAGUGUGCUUUCUGAACUGAACGAGGACAGCUGCAGUCGGGAUUUACUUGAGUAUAGCACGCCCUCCACAUCGAAGAAGGCGCAGGCUGCCAAACGACCGUCAUCCAUGUUUCUUAUUGAUCUGACAACUCCGCAGAAACUACGACCAACAUUGAGCGUGACUCCAAAGCAAACGCCAAGUAGUGCUGCAGUUAUAAGUGUGAAUUCUACAGACAUGUCAUCGGAUGAGUCUCCCAUUGUUAUAGACAUAACCAACUCAUCGACACCGUCAAAGACACCAUCAAAACAGCAACAAAUGAGGGUAUUGAAAACUCCAAAGGAUCAGGUGCUGGCAUCUGGGGCCACGCCAAAGCGGACGCCGCAGUCUUUAAUGAAACGAGCCCUUCUGACUAGCACCAAGAAGCAAAUUGCAGCAAACACCAAAACACCGACGACACCACAGGCCAAGACAAACCGACAAUCGUUGCUCGAGACGCGUCGACAAUGUCUAACAGCACCACGUCGACUGCCUUUCCAUCCGCAACCGCAGUGGCGCACACCAGGCCGACGCCAACUGCCAUCUUCGACAACCAAAGCACCGCAGACAUCGCCACGAAAACGUCAAUCGAUGUCGUUGAGCAGUCCGCGCGACAAUAAAAUAUCAAUGCUUCGAAAGACGCUGGCCGCCAAUGCAAAGCUCAGUCCUACUGUUGGCAUGAGCAACAAAUUGGUGGCGAAAGCACGACGCUCUCUUAAUUCCCCAAAGACAGGAUCACCCAAGCGCAUAGCUUCACCAAGACUGACGGCAAACGAAUCAUUAACACCAGACAUGGCACACGACUCGACACGAGAGUUGAGUGUUACGUUUACCAUUGAUGAUGAUGAUGAUGAGCAAAACGCUACUGGAGCAGCAUUGAAGGUGUUAAUGUCUGAGGAAUGCAGUAUCAAGCAGCUCGUGGAUGCAAAUACAAGCAGCAAAGAUCAAAGUAAACUCCUUGAAGAUAACAACAUCACAGCAACGACUGACGAGAUAAGCGGGAAGCAUAGUACUCCCAAUGAAACAAAAGAUGACUCGUUAAACAAAACAUUUGAUUUGAAUGUGUCUGCAACGAACAAAGAUGCAACGGAUGUUUCUAUCAGAGAUCAAGUGUCAUCAACUUCGAAAUCUGAAGUUGUUGAAGAGAGUUGCGAUUCUGCACCAGAAAAAGACGUUGACAAAUCGAUACAAAAAAUGACAACACAAGACGUGGACAAAAGUUUUAAUAUACCGGACAAAGUUGAUGUUAUUGAGGAUAACAUCUGCGAGGAGGUGCCCACAACUCCAACAUAUCAGGAAGAUUUCGUGACGAUUACAAGUGUGCAUCUAGCUGAGGACACAAUAUGUGAAGAGGUGCCUCCAAGUGAUGAGGUCACUCCUACAACUGCUAAACCAAUUGAAUCGGAAGAACAGGACGUGGUUGGUCCACCAGGUCAAACACCAAUACCAAGGCGGUCUUCACGACGCUAUUCUACUGAUCAAAAUACAGUCGGCUUAACCCCAAGGCGCAGCGUGCGACGUGCAUCUAUGGAGGCCACCAAUAAGCUGGAGCAAUGCUUGAAGCCCACUCGUCGUGCCUCUUGCUCUGCUGCCGUUGAAAUACCAACUACCACAGCUCUUGCGACGCCUAAGCGCAAACGCCGCCUUACAGAAGAGCUAUUAACGCCAUCGCGCAAAUCGCAACGUUUGUUGUGUACAACUCCGAAAAGAGCCGCGCCAAUAGACGAAUCAGUCGGCGACAUGGGUGCCAUCAUUGAAGAGGAUGGUGUUAACGCCGACGUGUUGCCCAUUGUGACAGAUGAGGAUUACGGCACCGAAUUGCCGACAAAAGACGCUGAUGAACCAGACAAAAUUGACUACCACGGUAUGCGAGAGCUACUAAAGACGCCAAAAAGCUGCAGCACACCGCGUUUCAAAGGUCUGCGCGAAAUGGUGCGCACACCCAAAGUUUGUCCAUCACCUAUGUUAGGCAAUAUUGAGGAAUUGCUGGAAACGCCUUCGACACCCAAGCGAUCUGUAACUGUGAGUCGGGUUGAAUUGGAACUCUCCAAGGCUGAGGCCACUGACGAUGCACAAGACAAGUACUUCACAACGCCUCGUGGUAAAAACCUAAUGAUACCAAACGAUCCAGCCAGCGCAGUAUUAAAGACAAUUAAUAAAUCUCUGGCCACAACCACUGAGUACGAUCUGAAUGCGACAAAUGCCACGCUGCACUUGGACAAAAUCUUUGACGAUGUUCUUGUUGCGGAGUCCACGGAUCCUUCAAUCGUUGUGAAUAAUUCCGAAAACGAAAUUAAUGUCACUGCCAUAAGUACGGCGGCUGCUUCUGAAGCGGACCCCUUGUCGACGACAACGAAUCCUGAGGCAAGCGAUACGGCAGGAUCCGAAGUGUUGAUGAACGUGUGCUAUGCGGAAACUUCACACAAAGAUCCCUUAACAAGCACUGCAUUUAAAGAUGGAGGUAAAACGAAUCUAAAUCUUAGCGCACUCAACGAUGACAGCUGCGCAGAUAGGGCCAAAUCUUCAGACGUAUGCGAGAUGAGCGGUAUUCAAGUGCUGGAUCAAACAACGGACUCCAUGUUUUCGGAACGAUUGGUCUUGACUGGCGUGGAGUCUUGUGAUGUUACUCUAGAAGAAACCAAGGCAAUGGGAAAUAAUAUACCUGAGGAGAAAAAAGAUGAGCUGGCGGAAGGUUCCGACACCGAUUCGAUGGUUGGCUUGGCGGAACCUCUCGUUCUAAGCGACGAUGAGGACGUUGUUGAAGAAGGAACUAAUUCUAACCAGGACCUAAUUAAGGAUGAAAAAUCGAACGAUUUUAUCAUUCCACCAAAAGAGAUCCCAAAAAACCAAAAAGCAGACAAAUCUGUUGUUGAUCAAAGUCAAGAUGAAACUGUGGCAGAAGUGUCUGACAUUAACUCACUACAACAAAAGGAAGAAAGGUCAAUUGAUUUGACAGACGUCGAGAACGAUGUGGAAGAUAAACUGGAGAGUACUCUAGGCGCAGUGCCUAGCAUCAAUGAUGAUCAAAACAAUGAUCAGGAUACUGAGAUAUCAAACAAUCCAAAUGAAUCUCAGGAGGAAAAUGAUUUUGAGAUUGACUUGGAAGCUUCGAGCAUAUCUACAGAUGUAUCCAUAUCACAGAUCGAAGUAACACAAACAUCAACAAUUUACGGUGUUGAUAUGAGCCAAGUUUCAAGCAAUAUUCAAGGCAAAGAAACAGAUAAGGAAGACUCUAUGAUUCAAGGAGUAUUGCAUGUUGAGCAAUCAACUGAGAAUGUUGUUAACAAAACCGCAGCUAUUCUUACUGAUAAAGACAAUAACGAAGACUUACUUAGUUCAAACCACACAAAAAGUGUUGAGGCAAUAACAGAGAAUGAUGAAUCUAUGGGACAACUUGUAGGCACCGAAGCAAAUACUACCGAUGCGGUUGUCAAUUUGAAUGCAUCGAGUGAUGGCACAGCUGCAGAACUGACCUUAGAGUCUGCGAAUGAAUCUCUGCUGAAUGACUCAUGUGAAUUCAAUAAAUCAAGUAUUGGACUGAACAAAACAGGAUCAGCAGCAGAAACAAAAAGAGAAAGCAUUUAUGUGGUACCUACUGCGGAAGCCAGUGCCAAUCCUUCAGACAAACCCGAAAAUGAUGCAGCUCCAAGAGAGCUAUCUGUAGAACUAACAGUUAAAGAUGAAUCGAUAAUUGAUGCUUCAACUACAGUGGCAGAAGAAUCUUCGAUUGAGACUAGUUUUGUAAAAAACAAGUCCGAGCUAUGUGAAAAACAAGUUGAGGAUGCUAUUGUAACAAACGAUGAGGAAAUAUCAGACCAUUAUGAAAAUUCGCCAAGCAUCAAACAUGUCAGCAAAAUCUCUGGGGCUGCAGUCGAAAAGAAGAAUGAAGUAGCUGAUGAAGAAAAUUUAGAGAAAAAUGCGACGUAUGCAAAUCCUGCAAGUCCUAUCCCAACAACAUCCGAAGUAGAUGUUGUAUUGGAAAUAAAAGAUGUUGUGGCUGUUGUAGAAGAUGUGAGCGAAUCUGAAAUUAAACUGGAUGCUUCUGUUUUAGAUGAGGAAGAGAAAGAGCAGUUACCUGAUGAUGACCACACUACCCAAAUGACAAAUGAAGACUCUUCAAUUGAAAAGAACACAUCAAUUGUAGUUAAAACGGAAAAUAAUGAAUCACAAAUAGAUAACCAAGCAUCGGAUAUAUCAUGCACGACUUCAGCAAAUGGAACAAGGCAGCCUCAAGUUGACUUGGAAUCAACAAGCGCAGAAGAUUCAAUAUCUGCAAAGACAACAGAAGACCUUGCUGAGCACGUUCAGGAGAUCGCAGAAAUGUCAUUAAAUCUGCAUGAGGUGGCAAAGGAUGCAAAGAACCAAUCAGCGGAAACAUCUAAAUCUUCUUUAAAUCUGUCAAACGAGUCUGAAACUGACCUGGAAGCAACAAAUGGCGAUGUUUCAUUAGCUGAAAAGACAACGGAGCAGCUUGCUGAGCACAUUCAGGAUAUUUCACAGAUGUCAUCAAAUCUGGAUGAAGUUGCAAAGGAAACAUUACCUGAAUCUUCUGUAAAUUCACCAAACGAAGCUGAAGUUGACCUGGAAGCAACAAAUGUGGAUUGUUCAUUAGCUGAAACGACAUCGGAUGAGCACAUUCGAGACAUCGCAGAUACGUCGACAAAUUUGGAUAAAGCGCCAACAGAAAUAAAGGACCAAGCUGAGAAAAUAUCCUUAUCUUCUGUAACUGCGCCAAAUGAAUCUCAAGAUGGCCUGGAAGCAACAACCGCAGAUGAUUCAUUAACUGAAAAGACAAAGGAUCAACUUGCUGAGAACAUUCAGGGUAUGUCACAGAUGUCAUCAAAUCUGGAUGAAGUUGCAAAGGAAACAUUACCUGAAUCUUCUGUAAAUUCGCCAAACGAGGCUGAAUUUGACCUGGAUGCAACAAAUGUCGAUAAAUCAGUAGCUAAAACUAUAUCGGAUGAGGACAUUCAACAUUUCGAAGAAACGUCGUCACAUCUGGAUGAAGUGCCAACCAAAACAAAGGAUCAGGCAGAGAAAAUAUCCUCAUUUUCUAUAAGUGCCCUGAACGAAUCUCAAGCUGAUCCGGAAACAAAACCAGCAAAAACGAAUACACCAAUCGUAGACGAAAUAGUAAAGAAUGAAGAACAAAUGGAUAACCAAGCAUCGGAAAAGUCAUCCACAUCUUCGGCAAAUGAGGCAAGUGAGCGUCAAGUUGACCUGGAACCAAAAAGCGCUGAUGAUUCAUCAACUAAUAAUGCAACGAAACAAGUUGAUGAGCACAUUCAAGAUCUGGAUGAAGAUCCAAAGGUAACGACGGACCAAUCAGCGGAUACGUUAUUGUCUUCACUGAUUCCGCCAAACGAGUCUCAAGUUGACCUGGAAGCAAAAAAUAAAGAAGAUUCUGCGUCGUCAAAUCUGGACGAAGUGCAAAACAUACCUCAAGACGAUCUUCAAUGUUCCACGAAUGCUGAUGAAUCCUUGAUUUCAAUGGAUACUUCAGUAUUUGUUGAUUUGGAUAAAGAAGAGGACGACCGUGAAACUUCAAAAACUCCAGAGCUAGAAGAACAGGUUGACAAAACAGCGCUUCAGAAUGUAUCAACAUUAGAUGAUAGGUCGGCUAUAAAAUCGACCUUAGAUGAGUCUGUAAUUGAGCUAGAUGAUGACUCCGAUAAAGAAAAGGAAUCACUUAUUGAAAAAGAUUCCGAAUCUAUUUCAAAGUCACCAGAAGAAACAUCGAUCAAUCUAGAUAACACUGAAGUUAUAAACCACGAGGAGUCCACAGCUGUUGAUAAUUCGGUGAUUAAUCUAGAUGUAUCUGUAGCUAAUCAAAGUGAGGGAGUCACACCUUCAACUACUGCUGAGAAAUCUACGAAUGGAACUAUUGGAAACGAAGCUAAUGCUAAUUUGGAAAGUACGAAUAUAGAUGAAUCUCUGGUUGAUCUGAGCUCAUCUGAUGUAACUGAUAUUGAAAAUAAUGAAGCAGUUUCUGAUGUACCCAAAAUAACCCCUGCUGAAGCUGACAUUGAAAAUGAAGAAACAGUUUCUACAGAUGUUUCAGAAAUAUUACCAUCUAAGACCGAAGAUGCUAUUGUAGCUGUUCCAGAAGUAUUAUUAUCUAGUGCUGAAAGCGAUGUUGUCGCCGAAAUUCCAGUCUCCGAUGUUCCAGAAGAGAUUAAAAAGGAAGAAACUGUUUCUGAUGUUUCAGAAAUAUUAACAUCUAUGGCCGAAGACGCUAUUGUAGCUGAAGUUGAAACUAAAGAAGAAGUUUCUAAUGUUCCAGAAGUAUUAUCAUCUAGUGCUGAAAGCGAUGUUGCCGCCGAAAUUCAAAAGAAAGGACGCGUCUCCGAUGUUCCAGAAGACUCUGCACGAAUAGAUGAAAGCACAGCAGAUAAACAUAAUGUUAUGAAGGAGGCUCCAUUGACCAUUGAAGCGCCACUUGAAAAUGUCCAAUCUUGUUUGGCUGCUUCGACACAGGAAAAUGAAGAUCUUAGCAAAGAAUAUGUUUUUGAAGAAUCGCUAACCACGUCAGAGCUGGAUACAACAAAUCAAAAUGUAUCUAAUAUUUCUAGCCAAUCUGCGCCUGCAUGUGGCGACAUGGAAGAGAAAUCAUCACAACCAAUUCAAGAAUCUGCUGUAGAAGAGGAAGCCACUAAUUCGAAGAAAUCGACGCCAAGCGUUUCUAUAGAAGUCGACGAUGCAACAGAGAAACUCGAUGCUGAAAUCGAUUCUAUAAGGUAUCAAAAUAAUGAUUCGAAGGCAAUCGGAAAAACGCGAGAGGAAAGCAAGGUGACUAUUGAUUUGGAUGCCAGUUGCAGCGCCGAAAUUACGGAGAAAAGUUUGUCCAUGGAUACAAUUGCGAAGCAAAUUCCUAGUGCGUCGGGUAUGGAGAGUGAAUUGGAUAUCAGCCAAAAAACGAUGCUAGUCGAUUGUGAAAACACCACAAGUCAGACAGAAGAAAAAGAACCCGACCAUGUUAUGAGUGAGGUACCAUCUCAAUCAAAAGAAUCGAAAUCUACACCAACCGACGAAGCGACAGUAGAGAUUCUUGAUAGUGAUGAAGAAGACAUGACCCAAAACAGAAAGUCGACAGAAAAUGCGGCUAAAAACUCUGAAAGUUCUGCGACAAUUGAAGUGCCAACAAAAUCAGCGGAACCAGAACUUGCUCUCGAAACUGAUAACAAUAAAGUGGAUUUGGAGAAAUGCUUGAAUGUUCCAAGCACGACAAUUCAAAGCGAAAGUUCUAAGCAUGAUGCAAAGAAACUACCAACAUCUCCAAAUGAAUUAAUUCAAUUAGCACCAACUAUAGAGUCAACACCAACUGUUGAAUCGACAGAAGAGAUUAUUGACAGCGAGGAAGAAGCCAAGGAGAUGGAGAUGAAACCUGCUAAAAAUGUAGACAAUAACAUAUCGCAGCUGAUGGCAAGUCCUUCGACAAUUGCUUCAACAUCAAUAGACAUUAAACCAAAACAAUCUGAUGAACUUGCUGAAGAGAUUUCUAAUGAUAAUGAUGGUGCAGAAAAAUCAACCGCGAAUGCAGCCUCAAGUCGAAGCGCACCUUCGACAAAUGACGAUUACAAAGAUGGAUCACCAUCAGAAACCGUCAGUGAACCGGCAGUUGAGAUUAUUGACAGUGAUGGUGAUGUUUCUAAUCAAUCAAAGAUAAUUGUGGACGAAGCUGUCAAAAACUCACCACCUGCACUGGAAAAAAAUUCCGCAAUUGAAAAUCAGGUGGAGAAACAUGCCAAUCAGUAUGCCGGUAUCGAGAUUGAAGUAUCGAAAAAACACGAAGUAGAAACGGAAUCAAGUCAAAAAUCAGCACCAUCUGCUCAGUUGGUUGCGAGCGAUGCUAAGCGUGCAAAUCAGACUGGGGAAAAAAUAGAAGCACGAAGUAAGACAGAAGAAGUGGUAAUUGACAUAAGUUCUUCAGAUGAAGAGUCGUUGACACAUGCUACUAGUCAAAAAGUAAAUCAAGUGUCACACGAAAAAGUUGUGUUAGAAUCUGAUGGAAAAUUUAGGUCAGACGAUAAGGAAAUAUUAACUGAACAGCAUUCACUUGAAAUUGAAAAUUCAUCAGAUUUAAUAAUGGAUGCAAACCCUAUGAAUGUUUUAAAACGUCGUCGCAAGUCUUCGACUUAUAUAGAAACUUUGAAGGACACUACUAAAAUGGCCCAAGCAACGCCAAAGCGUCGUGGUCGCAAGGAUGAUCUCGUCCAUGAAGAUAUUGAACAAAUACAUUUCACAAUGGAGGUACAUAAGGUUUCCAGGAAUGUGGAAGAGACUACUGAUUCGUCCCACAAAUCGCAUCCAGAAACUGUUGACUUGGAAAAGCCAAGCAUAAGCAGACGUAAAUCGAUUACUAAAAAUGUUGAAACUGAAGUUAAGAAAGGUGUCAAGGCUACAACAUCACAGCCUGAAACUAACACAGAUAAACCUAAGCGACGUGGCCGAAAGCCUGCAACGGAAAUCACCGAGACUGAAGUCCAUGAGAAACUGUCUGAGACAAUUGACUUGAACAAACCAAAGUGUCGCGGACGUAAAUCGUCGGGGAUCGAUGCGCUAGUUGUAGAGAUAGACAGUCCUAUUGAAGUGAAGCAACAAGAAAGCGUUGACUUGGAUAAACCCAAGCAACGAGAACGAAAAUCUUCUGCAAUGCUUGCUGUAACUGAAUCCCAAGUUGUCGAGGAAACAACCGUCGAAGCAGCAGAAACGGUCGACACUGAAAUUCCAACCGAACCCAAGCGGCGAGGACGAAAACAAGCAAAAAUAGUCGAAGCCAAAGUGAUUUCUUCGACUGAAGUUUCUGAAAUCGAAUCCGAAAUGGAGACUAAAGAAGUAAUCAAAGUAGAUAUUCAAACUAAAGAACAACAAGGAAAAGUAGAAAACCUGGAGAAACCUAAGCCACGAGGACGUAAACCAUCGAUCGGAGAGACCGAAAUCCCCGCGGGAGAUAAGCCAAGUCGAGCAGGACGCAAACCUUCGGCGGAAAUUGCCGAAACUAAAGAUUACGUCGCAGAGGUAAAUGAAUUGGAGAAACCCAAGAGACGAAUUCGCAAAGCUUCUGCAGAAGUUGUGGAAGCUACAGCCAAUCUCGAUGUGAAAAAAUAUGAACUCAAUCGUAGAGCAUCAGUUGAUGUAGCUAUUGUUGAGCAACACGAAGCUGUAAUUCACAAAGAGAAGACGUCAACUAUUGAGGCCGUUAAAGACAACCCAAGGCGUCGCAAUCGCAAAGUUUCAUCGGAAGUCACAGAAGCGUUAGAACCCAUAAAUCAGACAGAAAAGAAACCAGCCCGAAAUACACGUAAAGCUUCAGCAGAAACCGUUGAGAUUGACAAUGAAGAAAAGGAGCACUUGCCAGUAAUUGUGGAAGCAACGGAGCCAGAGCAAAAGAAACUGAGGCUUAAUAAGACAACUGAAUCGGACGCCGCUCAGAAAGUAAACGCACGCGGUCGCAAAAAAUCUGUCUCUGCGGAACAGCCGCCCGAAGCUGUUGAGGUGUCAGGGUCGCGUGAAAAGACCACAACUCGUCGGGGGCGUAAGGCAACCAAUGAUGAGCCAAUGAUAACACCACCAGCGGAGUUUGUUGAGGCAACAACUUCGCAUGAUAAGACUACAGCUCGUCGGGGGCGUAAGGCAACCAAUGAUGAGCCCCUGGCGAUACCACCAGCGGAGAUUGUUGAGGCAACAACUUCACGUGGAAAAAGUGAAAAUCGUCGUGGACACGAGGCUACCGUGGAAGCGGAACCUUUGCCAACGCCUCCAGCUGAGAUUGUUAAGGCAACAACUUUACAAGAAAAGAGCGCAACUCGUCGAGGGCGUAAGGCAACCAAUGAUGAGGCACUGUCAACUACACCAGCAGAGAUUGUCGAGCCAACAACUUCACGUGGAAAAAGUGCAAAUCGUCGUGGACACAAGACUACAGUGGAGGAGGAACCUUUGCCAACACCACCAGCAGAGAUUGUCGAGGCAACAACAUCACAAGAAAAGACCACAGCUCGUCGGGGACGUAAGGUAACCAAUGAUGAGCCCCAGGCGAUACCACCAGCGGAGAUUGUUGAGGUACCAACUUCACGUGGAAAAAGUGCAAAUCGUCGUGGACCCAAGGCUACCGUGCAAGAGGAACCUUCGCCAACGCCUCCAGCUGAGAUUGUUGAGGCAACAACUUCACAAGACAAGACCACAGCUCGUCGGGGGCGUAAGGCAACCAAUGAUGAGGCACUGUCAACACCACCAGCAGAGAUUGUCGAGGCAACAACAUCAAAAGAAAAGACCACAGCUCGUCGGGGACGUAAGGUAACCAAUGAUGAGCCCCAGGCGAUACCACCAGCGGAGAUCCUUGAGGCAACAACUUCACGUGGAAAAAGUGCAAACCGUCGUGGACACAAGGCUACCGUGGAAGAGGAAUCUUCGCCAACGCCUCCAGCUGAGAUUGUUGAGGCAACAACUUCACAAGAAAAGACCACAGCUCGUCGGGGGCGUAAGGCAACCAAUGAUGAGCCUCUGGCGAUACCACCAGUGGAGAUACUUGAGGCAACAACUUCACGUGGAAAAAGUGCAAACCGUCGUGGACACAAGGCUACCGUGCAAGAGGAAUCUUCGCCAACGCCUUCAGCUGAGAUUGUUGAGGCAACAACUUCACAAGAAAAGACCACAGCUCGUCGUGGGCGUAAAGCAACCAAUGAUGAGCCACUGGCAGCACCGCUAGCAGAGAUUGUUGAGGCAACAACUCGUCGAGGACGCAAGGCUACCGUGGAAGAGGAAACUUUGUCAACACAGCCAGAGAUUGUGGAGGUAAAUUCCCAAGAAAAGAGUGCAAUUCGUAGUGGACGCAAGGCCACAGUUGAUGAAGAAGUGCCCAGCGUGCAAGCCGAUGCAGCUGAGCUUAAACCGAAACGUCGUGCUCGAAAAGCAUCUGCUGAAAUAGUUCAUGCCGAAGUUCAGCCUCUUGAACCAACUGAGCAGGCGACAAGACGUGCUCGUGGAGCAAGCGCUGAUGUGGCAGCAGAAACGGACCCCGCGGUCGAGAAGCAGACAACUCGUCGCGUUCGCAAACCGUCUGCAAAUGUCGACGUCAUCGUGGAAGAGGCGACGCCGCCUAAAAAAGCACCAGCUCGCCGAGGACGUAAGGCAUCUUUAUCAGCUGCUGUUCUUGAUGAAGUGGAGAAACAAGAUCAUGCAAUUGAACUUGCCACUGUUGCCAGUGCUAUAAUCUCUCCUAGGCCACAGGUGCUUAGCUCGGAGGAUGAGUUAACGCCACGGCGUCGUGAAGGACGCAACUUGCCACGUAAAAACUAUGAUGAAACUUCGGAUGAAGACAAGCCGGGAUCAUCCCGUAAAGCGCGUAAGCCCGUUGCCAGCAAAGCCGCUGCGGUCUCGCCACUUCCAAAGCCUACAACACCAACGAAGCAGAAGUCUUCGGUGGAAAUUGCAGUAGAGCCAGUGGCGGGUACACAAACACCAAUUGCUACGAUAAUACCCAUAGACUUAACCAGUUCACAGAAGCGCGAAGGUCGAAAUAUGCCGCGUAAGAACUACAAUGAAACAUCAGAUGAUGAGAAGCCGGCUUCAUCGCGUGGACGAAGGAUUCGUCAGCCAACAAUUAAGGCCUUGGAAUUGCUGGUAGACUCUGCUUCACGGCCAGUAACGCCGAAGCGACGCGGUAAGGCAAAGGCAGCUGAUACCGCAGCAGCAGCAACUGAGGGUGAUGCUGAUACUGAUGAGCCACCAGAAAAGAAAAUCAUUUUGGAAGAUUCCACGCCAAUUGCUGCCAAAGCUCGUGGAGGCGCAAGAGGCCGUAAGGUACAUAAUGCCGAAGAAGUCACAGAAGCUGAACCCGCCAAACGUGGUGCACGCUCUCGUAAGGAGAGCGCCACUAUUCAGGUAGAUGAGACGGACAUCGAAGUAGAAGUGAAGCAACCAGCGAAACGUAAUGAGCGCGGAGGCGGCGCUCGCAAAGCCAAAGCAGACGAGGAUGCUGCAGAUGGGCAGCCACCAAUUAAGAAAGUUCGAGGCGGAGCACGCGCGAAGACACCUGUUGUAGCAGAAUCAGUAGCGAAUCCCAAUGUGGAGGAACCCAAAGAGGUGCCGGUCACCAAGCGAGCGACGGCAGCACGGGGACGCAACGCACGCGUUGCAAAAGUUGUUGAUGAAGUGGUAACUAUUACGGAGACGCCGCCAACUCGUACUGGACGUGGUCGUAAGGUGCACUUUGAAGCCAUUGAAGACACGGCGUCGGUGGCAGUGACAGUGGCAAAGGAAGCGCCACAGCCCGUUGCAGAUGAAGCACCCAAACGUGCCACACGCUCUCGCCGAAAAUAAUCAUUUCUUGAUAACUUUUAUUCAUUUGUUUAAUUAUUUGAAAUUUUAGUUUUAAGUUGAACACUUAUUUUUGUUUAUUGAUUUUACCUCCUGUGUACAAAAGGAAAAUGUUUACAGCACGGUAAUAUAGCUAUGUAUGUAUUGUUAAUUUUACGUUUAAAUAAAUCAAGAGAGUUCUACGUUAUUCGGAGAAGCAGAAAAUAUAUAAAAGACGCGCUCAAGCACGCAAAACAUAAAAUCUAGAUAUACGUAUAUAAAAUACAUAAUGCAUAUGAUAUACAUAUAUAUAUACAUAAUUGAAGACAUCAAUAACUUACCUUCUAAGGACUCUCAUGAAGAUUUCUAAUAAAGAA